AUGACGAUCGGAUUACCGUACCUUUCGCGGUACCUGCGUAUUGUCCGUCCCGUGUUCUUGUGUGGGAUACGUUCCUAUACGCCACAUAUUGGCGAAUUGGCGAUCGUCCAGUACGGUCCGGAUGCCACCGAUAGAUGCCUAUAUCUCGCCAUUCGACAUGCUGGUGCGAUCAGCUAUGAUGCAGGAAAAGCCGCUAUCGAGUUCCAGGAACUUUACCUGUCGCUGUGUUCCUACGAGCUACUCAAGGCCAUUGUAUGCAAACGAUUGUCUCGAGGGGACGUCCGACCUUCCUCAGCGGAGGACAUGCUGGCGUGGUACCAGAUGCUUCGAGCCGAGUAUCUCGAGGAAUUAGUGAGGCACACACUGUAUCAGCAGCUAGAUACAACAGUUCAUAUUGUCGAGCAGAUUUGCAGCAGCGGAACCCUGACAGUGAAAGGACACAACUCCCAAAUCCGAUGCAUUAUUUUUUAUUUCUUUGUAACACGUCCUUUGCUCGCCUUUGUCGCGUCUCACACUUUUAUCGGUUCAGUAUUUGCAUCGCUUCGUCACGCUGUCCGUUUAUUCAACUGGCCGACCAUCGACGGUUCCGGCGCGUGCUCUCCACGUUCGACAAGCGCUGAACAGUACUGCGUAGUCCGUCCUGGCCCACUUGGUUGGUUUUUCCGGGAAACGAAGGCCUGUAGAUGUUUACAGGUAAGCCAGCUGCAUUCUAUAGUCAUACUGACUUGUUUUUCUAUUUUUCGUCUGUCUGACCACAUUUUUUGACUUAUGAUCUUUUUCCCAAUUUGUUUCGUUCAAUCUGAUUUCUCAUUGGUUGCUUCUCCAUUUUUUUAUUGGUCAUUUGAACACCGAUUUUUUUUGUGACUUCAAAAGUUGA